CUGCAAUUGGCACUAUUGACACAAAGUGACACUUGCAGACAUUAUCAACAUAACCUAAUUAUCAAUCUUUAACCCUAACACCGAAAAUAACAUCAGUUUAAUGAAAGUAAAAGAGAAACGUAGCGCAAUGUCGGACGAGGACAUAAUUAAGCGAAAAUUGCUGAUCGACGGCGACGGGACAGGGGACGACAGGCGACUGAACGUGAUAUCGAAAACCCUCAGAAAAUGGGCUAAUUCAACUGAGGAGUCCCCGCUAGAAAACCAAGCAACCCAUGACAAGUUAUUAGCGCAGUUAAGUUUGUGUGAAUACUCAGUGAAGCGGUCGCAAUUACUUACAAAAACGACUGCAAAACAGCUUGAAAACUACAAAAAGAUAUAUGAAAAGUUUGAGGAACAGAUUAAUGAAGUGAAGGAGUCGAUUAAACAGAACAAAGAUAAUUUAGUUCAAGCUAAAAUUUGGAAGCAGAAUCAUAUGAUGUAUGACUUGUUGGCACAAAGUAUUGCGGAGCAGCCGGCUCGCAAGGAGACUAACUUAAGGUUGUCUAAUUUGCAAGCCGAGCUUAAGGAGCUUCACCGGGAGAAGGAGCUUUUGGAACAGAAGCUGGACAUGAGGAGGAAGCAGUUCCAUGUUUUGGUGUCCAGUGCCAGUAAAUUGCAAGCCAUGUUGGAGGAGGCUGAUAAUGAUUAUAAUAAUAGUAGUUUGUUGGAGGACGUGGCGGAUAGUACAGGUCCUGAACCAAUGUCAGAAUGAGGAUGUAAUUAAAUACUUAAGUCAC